AUGCACAUCUCGUCUGCAAUUUUCGCCGCCGUGCUGGGCGCCUCAAGUCUUGUCGCCUCAGCUCCUACCGACCAAUCAUCAGGAACUGAUUUGGUGCUGUCUCUCAACGAGAAGGCGACGUCUGCGCUGAAAAAGGGAGACGUAAAGUCCAACGGACGUUCCGGAUCCAAGAAAUGCACCAUCUUCAACGCCGCUGUUCGACGCGAUUGGAAAACGCUUUCCAAGAAGGACAAGAAGGCGUACAUUGGUGCUGUGCUUUGCCUGCGAAAGAAGCCUUCCAAGGCCGACCCUGCUUUUGCGCCCGGUGCUCGAACCAGAUAUGAUGACUUUGUUGCUGUCCAUAUCAACCAAACCUUGAGCAUUCAUGGCACAGGCAACUUCCUCACCUGGCAUCGGUACUACACUUGGGCCUACGAGAAGGCCCUUCAAGAUGAGUGCGGUUACAAGGGCACCCAGCCUUACUGGAAUUGGUUCGAGACCGGUGACUUUGCCACGAACCCUCUCUUUGAUGGUUCUGACACAAGCAUGAGCGGCGACGGCAAGUUCUUCAAGCACAACGGUUCAGUCUCUGGCGGAGGAAACAUCUUUCUUCCUAGUGGUAACGGUGGCGGCUGUAUCGAGACGGGUCCUUUUGCUGGCGAAGUCGCCAAUCUGGGUCCUCCUUCCCCAGGGAUGGACGGCAUGGAAGCGACCAAGACGCCUCUGAACUACAACCCGCGUUGUCUUCGCCGUGACCUUACCUCCUACGCCGUCGAGCAGUGGAUGACGCUACCAAAUCUCUACAACGUCACCCUCGGAAGAGCUUCCCAUUCCAUUAAAGCCAUGCAAGACGAAUUUCAAGGUCGGUUUGGAGACAGGUUCUUAGGCAUGCACGCUGCCGGCCAUUUCAUUAUGGGAGGCGAUGCGUCGGAUCUCUACUCGUCUCCCAAUGACCCCGUGUUCUUCUUACAUCACGCCAUGGUCGAUUACGUGUACUGGAUCUGGCAGGCGUUGCAUCCCAAGCAAGCCAAGGAUAUUGCGGGCACAAUCACCAUCUCCAACCGACCUCCCAGCAGAGACGCUCUGAAGUCGGAUCCCCUGAACAUGGGAGUUAAUGCGCCCUUGAUUGCUAUUGACGAUGCCCUUGAUACCCUCAGUGGUGCGCCUUUUUGCUAUAUCUAUCUUUAA